AUGAGUGAGUACCUCAUUUUCCCUCGUGAGGGGCUCGCGAGGCACCCCUCAUUUGAGGUGAGGAUAGGUAAUAUUAUAGUAGCAGUGAAUGAGUACGUAGCGAGGCGCGCGCAACAUUGCCGUUUGGUACAAAAUGAGAGAGGGAGUCGGACUGCCGGAGCACAUCAGAGGCCUAAUCCUAUUAGUAUUAUAAAUGUGAAAGUUUCUUUGUUUGGAUGUUUGUCCGUCAAUCACGCCGACACUACUGAACGGAUUUUGAUGAAAUUCGAGCGGUUCUGCGACGUGACUCUGUACUGCUCACCGAGCUUCGCGACCCAAGUCUCCGACAAAGACACGGUGGACCCAACACACAUUAGAGGAGUCUCAUUACGAGCGCACAGAUGUUAUAAUGAAAUGCAGCCAGAACCAACGGCUCAACGUGUCCUCCAAAGCACGGAGGAGUUAGAGAUAAUAAAUUUAGGUCACCCAUCCUAUGACCAUCCAUUGUGGAAAUAUAAGGUAUACAAUGAAGGAUUCACCACAUCCUUCCCCCGUUGGGAAGAUGGUUUCGAAUACCUAAGCUUGAGAAGUUUGAAUUACGUCAGGGUGGUCCUGGCGGCAUGUUCGGAGCUCCUGGGCGCGUUAUUGGGCGCUCACGAGGCGCAGGGCGAGCCGGUGCUGGUGAUAGACGGCGCGGAGCCCCGGCACCUGCGCGCCCUCCUCCACUACAUGUACACCGGCGAGAUGAACGUACAUCACUCACAGUUGGCGAGUCUACUGAAGACGGCGGAGGAAUUACGUAUAAAAGGUCUCACUGAUAUACGAUGGAAUAACAAGGACGAACCGCCCGACUGUGAUUCUGAUGUGGUGACAGCUGUCGCCACGCAUAUGAAGAGAACCGACUCAAAGACACCGGAGAAGCAUACGGAACAGAAGCAUGCGGAAUCGAAGCAUGCGGAACCGAGGCAAAUGUCCCCGAAGCACUCGCCGAAGCACAUUCUCCCCGAUCAAACGGACGCGGGAUGCGCGAGAGCGGAGAAUGAAGUUGUCGAAACUGAAGUCAAAGAGAAAUUCAAUGUUAACGGUGGCCCCCCACCUUUAAUAAAACUCCCCACCAAGGACAAGCCCAGCCCGGCCAAGAGGGACCGUUCAGAUUCUGACUCUCCAAGUCCAAAACGGCAACGUCUGCAAAGCGGCACCGAGCACACUGACGACGAGUCCGCAUCACAUUCCAUACCGGAGAAAGAUUCGGAAUGGCAACACGGCAAUCUAGAUAUAUCAGCGGAGCGCGUCGUGAACUGGGGCGGUACUGACAACUGGUCGAGAGACGCGUCGGACGACGAGUGGGCCGACGCGCCGGCCGAUAUCGGCUCCUUCCUACAUACGCGGCUACGGGUCGACGGCGACAACAGCGCGGACGAGGAAUCUAACGACAGCGCCGGUGGAGCGUUAUCUGUGGCAUCCGCCGCAGCUUCCUCAUCUGCGUCAAUAGACCGGGACCUCAGCAAGAUAGAUUUACCAUCAGUGAGCUCUAAACGAACAGUCGGAAUCCCGUACGAAAAAAAUCACAGUAAUGAAAUUAAUAUAGUGAUGUGUAUUUGUAUAGUGACGAUAGGUCCAAAAUCAGGUCCGGCAGAUCCACGUUUCUCUGAUGUGGUGAAGCUGAACGAUUACCUCCAGCAUGGGCGGCGGCCACAGUUCUGGGAGGAGCAUUACGUGAAGAGGGUCAUGGAAGCGGUUCGCAUGAAGGAAUUGGAAAUGAAGCAGGCUGCCGAAAUAUUGGGCGUCAGUUACGGCACUUUGUACGGACGCUACAGGGACGUGUUCGGAUGUAUCAAUCGACCGUACAGGGGUUCGGUCCUACCUUCCCAGAGGGAGGAGGCGGUGAAUCCUUCAUUGGAUACCACACGGCCGGCUAUGAGAACUGCCCGUGACUUCUGGCAAGCAAAAGGUCCGUCUGAAGUAUUAGAGAGAUUACAACGCGGCGAUAUAUCAGUUGAGGCCGCGUCGUUGGCCCUCGGCGUGGGAGUUAGCAAUCUAGCCGCGUACAUGGCGGCAGACUUCCAUACUGAGAAAGAUUUCGACCCAAUACCAAUAGAAGUGGAUCCAUCGUUAAAAGUGCGUCGUACAUACGGCUCCAAUGUCCCGGCGCAAACCAAACCCAUGAAGAAACCAUCGCCAGCCGUAGACAAGUCUGUGCCUAAGAAGAUAAUGAUAGGCAGUCUAACGGACGAGGACCCGAUACCGGCGACGGUAAUCGCUACGAGCGAAGCGAACACACUACCCGCAAACUCUACAAGUGGCAAAUGGCCGACUAUCCGUGUAGCAAGCCUGGAUACGUUACGAGCCGAACCAGCGUCCCCGUCCGCUCUGAUGCGGACCAGACCCGAUCUAACUAUAGUGGCGGCCAAACGGGACAAACGGGACGGAGACGCGUGA